AUGGGGAUUGUUGGAUGGGUUUAUGUAGCACUCAAACCACCAAGCCCAAAGAUAUGUGGAACACCAAAUGGUCCUCAAGUAACUUCACCAAGAGUUAAGCUCAACGAUGGAAGGCAUUUGGCCUACAAAGAAUUUGGAGUUCCUAAAGAAAAGGCUCAAUACAAGAUCAUUGUUUCACAUGGCUAUAAUGCUUCCAAAGAUAUGCACAUAGCUGUUUCUCAAGAAUUUAUGGAGGAGGUUAAAGCAUACAUGGUCUUGUAUGAUAGAGCUGGUUAUGGAGAGAGUGAUCCAUAUCCAUCACGCUCAGUAAAGACAGAAGCAUUUGACAUCGAAGAAUUAGCAGACAAAUUGGAGCUUGGAAGCAAAUUUUAUGUUAUUGGAUGUUCAUUGGGAGCAUACCCUAUAUGGGGUUGUCUAAAAUACAUUCCACACAGACUCCUAGGAGCUUCCUUGGUAGUUCCUUUUGUGAAUUAUUGGUGGCCUUCCAUUCCAUCAACAUUGUCAAUACAAUCAUUUUGGAAACUUCCUUUAUGUUUCAAGUUUACAUUUGGAAUUGCACAUUACACUCCUUGGUUAUAUUAUUGGUGGACCAAACAGAAAUGGUAUCGAUCAACGGGGAUAGAAGUUUUGUUUACUAAUUCAGAUUUGGAGAUAUUAAAGGACGUCGUGAACUGUCCAACUAAUUUUAAGGAAAAAAUAAGACAGCAAGGUGAAUAUGAAUGUCUUCAUCGAGACGUAUUGGUUUCUUUUGGAAAAUGGGAGUUCGAUCCCACUGAAUUGACAAAUCCAUCCACUGAGAAUAAGAGAUCUGUUCAUAUGUGGCAAGGCGGGGCAGAUCGUGUCAUCCCGAUCGAAUUUAGUCGUUUUGUGGCACAGAAACUUCCAUGGAUUCAUUAUCAUGAGGUUCCGAAUGCUGGCCAUUUAAUAGUUCAUGAAGGUGAAAGCCUUAAAGCCAUAAUAAGAGCACUUACAGCUGAAUAACUUUAUUCUCCUUCUGUUCAUUUACUACUGUUCUUUAUGUCAGUUUGUCUGAGGUGUUUGAACUAUAUUAAGAAAGCUUCGUAAUAGUGUGACAGAUCAUAUUUUUUGAAUUUAUUAUUUUGAAUUUAA